CACGCACUCUCCUCCCUACGCGGAGCUGAGCUGGAAAAUGGCUGUGUCGGGGAGCAGGGAGUUAUGAACGGGAAAAGAAAGGACGGCGACGCCAGAAGUGGACACGGGCUCUGCUAUAAGUUUAAACGCACAACCAAAACUCGCCUCUCGGACGGACUUGGACUUCCAACGCCGGCUCGAGGAGUUCAAACCCCGCGGACAGAAGCGCGAGGCGUCGGGACGGAUCCACGGUCGAUCAUAAUCCCUGUCCAGAACAUGUGGGAGUUUGAGAGAACCGAAGAGGAUUAAAGAUCUUCCCACUCUGCCAUUCAUUUGACCGUGGAGAGCCAGGGCCCUCGGCUGGCAAAUCUUAACCAGGCUGCCCCAGUAACACCCAACCAGCAGGUUUUCGCUGCUUGAAAGAGCAUGUUGCCAACGCUCUCCCUCUGCUCCAUCAUCUGGCUCAACCGGGGUAUUAAGCUGAGGAAAGUGCACCAGUCCACCAACACCGGUCAGGUCUGAAACCGCUGCCACAGCACACAAACCAGCAGCUUCUUUAUCGACUUUUAGAAAUGCUUCUAAGCUUCGGGUGACUCCCCGCCCUCCCCCUAACUUCCCCAGGCCACCGUACCAACACCAACACCAGUACCAGAACUAAGUGACUCAACAAGAGGAUUUCUGUGCCGCUGAAUCUGCAAGGACUGCAUCAUCUAAUCCUCUGAUCGGUAGCCAUUUUGAUUUUUGCUUCCUCAACAAAAUGGCGGCUGAAGGUUUCCAGUACCGUGCCCUCUACGCUUUCACUAAGGACCAGGAGGAGGACUUGGACCUGCAGUCCGGGGACUUCCUGACGGUCAGUAAGGCCUCUCUGCUGUCCAUGGAGAACUACCAGGAGGGCUGUGAGGAGCAGCCCGAACGCCUCGGCUGGCUCCUCGGAUACAACGAACGCACCAAGCAGAGAGGCGACUUCCCAGGGACGUACGUCGAGUAUGUGGGCCCCGUCAAGAUGGCGCUUCCCUCCAGUCAGCCCAGGUCACAACGACCUCUCCCUGCCGCUCCCACACCAGAGUUGUCUCAAGCUGUUUCUGUCCCGGACCUGGGCGAACAGUUCACACCGCCGGAGACGGCUCCCCCGGUCCUCGUCAGCCUCACCCAGGCCAUAGAGAAGAGAGGUUUGGACUGUAAGACACUGUACAGGACGCCUAUUUCAGACAGCACAGUGCACAGUCCGAGCUGUGAGGGUGACCUGGCUCAGAAAGACGUGGGUUACCUGUCAGAGUGUGUCCUUCACUACCUGAGAGACCUGCCAUCGCCUGUCGUCCCUGUCUCCGUCUACCCUCAUCUUCAAGCUGCUCUCACGCUGCAGCAGCAGGUCGUCCAGCAGUCAGCAGACGGUGCAGUCGCUGGCAGCCAUGACAGGGAGGUAAGCCUGGUCCUUGAGAGCUCCACCACCGUCCCCCUCCACCACCGCCUCACCCUGCAGUUCCUCCUCACACACCUGGCCAAGGUCAUCCAGGCUCAGACCAGCAACGGCCUGGACACGCACACGCUAGGACAGAUCUUUGGACCGCUGCUGAUACGAGCCAGUCCUUCCACCUCCUGGUUGCCAUUGGAUGAGGAGUUCCCUGCUCUAGUGCUGGAAAGACUCCUCAUAGAGAGAACCACAGAGCAAGACCUCACCCCUCCAGUUCUCCCAGCAAAGCCAGUCAAAUCCAAAAUGACUCCAUCAGCCAUCACAGACACAAGCAGCAUGCUGAACGAAGCCGAGUGGUACUGGGGAGAAAUCUCUAGAGAGGAGGUGAAUGAAAAGCUGCGAGACACUCCAGAUGGCACCUUCCUGGUCAGAGAUGCCUCUAGUAAGCUGGAGGGCGAGUACACUCUGACCCUCAGGAAAGGAGGGAACAACAAGCUCAUAAAGAUCUACCACAGAGAAGGAAGGUACGGCUUCUCCGAGCCUCUUACCUUCAUGUCCGUCGUGGAGCUCAUCAAUCACUAUCGUCACGAGUCUCUGGCCCAGUACAACGCCAAGCUGGACACCAAGCUCCUGUACCCGGUCUCCAAAUACCAGCAGCUGGUGAAAGAGAACAGUAUAGAGGAGGUGGGAGAGCAGCUGAAGGUCUACCAUGAGCAGUACCAGGACAAGAGCCGCGAGUACGACUCCCUGUAUGAGGAGUAUACACGCACCUCACAGGAGCUGCAGAUGAAGCGCACGGCCAUCGAGGCCUUCAACGAGACCAUCAAGAUCUUCGAGGAGCAGUUUGAGACUCAGGAGCGUUACAGCAGAGAGUCUUUGGAGCGGUUUCAACGUGAAGGCAAUGAAAAGGAGAUUCAAAAGAUCCAGAGCAACUCUGAGCGUCUGAAAUCUCGUGUGAAGGAGAUCCACGACAGCAAAUGCAAACUGGAGCAGGACCUGAGGCAGCAGGUGUCCGAUAACAGAGAGAUCGACAAGAAGAUGAACAGCCUCAAACCGGAUCUGAUGCAGCUCCGCAAAAUCAGAGACCAAUACUUGAUAUGGCUGACACAAAAGGGGACGCGGCAGAAGAAGAUCAAUGAAUGGCUGGGCAUAAAGAAUGAUGCUGAUGACUCUUACUCACUGGAAGAGGACGAGGGGUCACCCCACCACGACGAGUGUACCUGGUACGUGGGCGACAUCAAACGCACCCAGGCCGAGGAAAUGCUGAGAGGCAAAUGUGACGGUACCUUCCUCAUCCGUGAGAGCCAAUCACAGAAGGGCUCCUACGCCUGCUCUGUAGUUGUGGAAGGCGACACGAAGCACUGCGUCAUCUACAAGACAGCCACAGGUUAUGGAUUUGCUGAGCCAUACAAUCUCUACUCAUCCCUCAAAGACCUGGUACUCCACUACAAAAAUGUCUCAUUGGUCCAACACAACGACCAGCUGAAUGUAAAUCUAGCCUACCCAGUCCUGGCCCGCUCUCAGAACCAGAACCAGCACCCCAGAUGAAUGACCCACCAGCAGAGUCGGACGCCAACCAGGACAGGAAAGCUAAAUUUUCAUAUGCAUCGGGAAAAAAAACAAACCUAUGAACAAUGGUUGCAUUUAAGUGGUGGGUAAAAUAGACUUAGAAGCCACAAGUUAAAUGUUUUUGGCAGGAGGCUGGUGUCAGCUGUGACUCCAGUCCAACUAAAAGCACUCCUUACAAGCAGCAUGGCUUCAAAAGCACAUUAUUACCAGUCACUAAGCACUGUACAGUUACUCUGGCUGACGCAGUGAGUUUUAAGUGUUGCCUUAGCCAGUCAUGACUGUACAGUGACUGAGAAAAGUGAGAAAUUCACAAGAAAAUAGCUUUGACACAGACUAAAUGUGUUAAAGGAAGACAAAAUAAGCACACAAAAGUUUUGCUUUCAACAUGGAUUGGAACAGGAGAGAUUGGACAGUGAGAUGAUGGGAAAACUUACAGGAGGUGCUUUGUUUAUUCUUUUUUUUUUUUUUUUUUUUUUUAAUGCCUUGAACACAUGAACUGUCCAUAGACAAAGGGCCAAUCUGUCAUCCCCAGACUGCCUGCAAACUCUCCGUAGACAAAAGCCUGAGCUGUCAUCCACUGAACGGACUGGCUUGGCUGAACCAGGCUGCUCGCUUCACACCUAAAGGCGGCUGAGAAUCCGUGGACCAGAGGGGGUGUCGUCACUGGAGCCUGGGUGGGAGGGAUUGUGGGAGGGUUCGGGAACAGAGAGAGUAUACUGGGGUUGAUAUUUGUAGGGGUUUAAAACUUCAAUUUAAAGGUUGCUUAAGUGCCAUAGUAAUAGCUUUGAAUGACCACAAGCCUGUGUCAGUAGAACAAGGGGGCACAUCGAGGUCGAAAAAGGAAGGGAAGGAAGAAGGGUUUGAUAAACAGCUGUCGACGUAGACAAAGCUACAGCUUUAAGAAUACUUAUAUAUAUAGGUAUAUAUUUUUAUGAAAUGAUCUUUAUUUCCGGCUGCUUCGGCUUGUCGCUCUCUCAGUGGGCCUCCUUUUGAGCGAGGAAACAUUACAGAAUACAAAUGCAUGGUACAUAUUUGGUAUAUUGUGAAUAUAGAAAUACUUUUUAAUCACAAUACACUAGAUGGAGAUUGAUAAAUGCAGUUCCACAUGGUUCAGCGUGGAGAAAAACCUGCAUCCAACUUCCCAUGUUUCAGCCUUUCUCCUUCUUUUUUCAUGGUCUUUAAUACUGUAGCACCUGUAGCCAUUGACUUAACUGUUAGUGCUCCUCUUAUUGUCUUGUUUCUAUAUGCUAAAGACAUUUGCAGAGCAUCAAUCUAUGUGAUUAUUGUAUCUUCAGUACUGUAUUUGCUUCGUCUCUAGCUAGGUAGACUGUUCUUAGCGGUACAAUGUCUUUGCAGAUGUUUAUUGUUGUUUUUUUUUUUUACGCAGAUUUACUCACGGUACUUCCCCUUUUUGCGCUUGACUGUUGAUUUCGUCACAAGCUUGACUCACAGAGCUGUAGAACAUUGAUGUACAAAAGAAAAGAAAAGUUCAAGAUAAGCAGUAAUAUAACUCAUGUACAGUAUAUUUCAGACACACAUGCAGUCGGUGUAUGUGACCUUAUGCGGUUUUAAUUGCUGUGUGUUUUUAUGUUUUUCAGAUUUUUUGCUCUGCUCUUAGAUUCUGUUUAAGGAUCCAGCUAAUGUGAGCCAAAUGAAGGAUGUCUUUUCAUGUAGCAAGAAAGAGAAAAAAAAAAAAAAAGAACCAGUCUUUUUGCCAUUUAGCGUGGCCUCUGUGG